UUUUUUUUUUUUUUUUUUUUUUGGUUUUUGUUUCUCCGUCAACAUUUGCCGUUUCGGAGCAACCCAAGAACAAUCCGCCCCCGCGUCGUUUUACACCGAGACUUAACUACUCACCGAUCGAUAGCUUUGCGUGCGUAAGUGUGCGUCGGACGGCUGUAUAUACGUGCACCUCGUUCGGAAUUCGUGUGCAGUAUUUAGUAUAACGCGUCUAUUAAUAAUUCGCUGCGGCCGCUCAUGCAUCGCCGUUCGAGUUAUUUCGGAGCGCGCUUAUUGAGCGUACAUCUUAAUGAUAAUAAUAAUAAUAGUGGUGGUUAACGCAUAAUUGUACACUCGUUGUGCUCUGAUGAUGAGGAUGUUUGGUGGUGGUGACGGUGCUGCUCGAGUGUUGUAGUUGUUUUCUGCAAACUCUUUUUUUUUUUUUUUUUUUUUCCUCUCCUGUCGUACUUAUUACGUUUUACGCACAGUGUGCAUCCAGCUAUAAAAUUCAACAGCCAAAAGAGUGAAUCACGCAAAGAGGGACUACAACUGCGUAGGAGGAAAACCACCGAGAGUCUCCUCUCGUAUAUAUGUAUAUACAUAUACAUAUUGCCGCAUCCCACUGUGUGUGUGUGUGUGCCCAUCAAAAGUAUAUAUAACGUGUAUCGUUUGGAUGUAGGGCGCAGACAAUAAUUCCGCUCACGUGCUUCGCGAUUCGCGCGCUCCACCUUCACACCCACUCAGUGUGUCUGUGUGUCUGUGUGUGUCUCUCUCUCUCUCUCACCAGCUGACGCUCAAGUAGUUCCGUGUGUACUUACGAUCGUGAUCGCUGUACAAGGGGUGGAUUUAUUAUCAUCGAUAUACGUGCAACAAUAACGCGAGUGAGGCAAAGCCUACGUGUUUACGUAACAUAGUUCGUUCGAGACCCAUGAACACUUCUGAGGACGCAAGUGCCUCCGCACCCCGACACGACGGCGACUACACCAGGAGCCAUCACCGUCGGCGUCGUUGUCGCAGCUAAGUCGUCGUCGUCGACGUCAACGUUGAAAAGGAAGUGCUUUAAAAGAGUUCGGCGAAGGAGCAAAAGGAGGCAGACAGCGAGCGAGUAGGCUGUGUUAUGAAAUUACUGCCCAACAUCUCGUUACCGCCGGUCUCAGUGGCCAGCAGCGGCAUGACGAGCAUGGACGCUCGCCUCCCCCCGGGGAUACCUCUCCCCUUCAGCCCGACCGAUCUGCUCUGGCGCUACGGCCCCGCCAUGACCUUCACGUCGGGCGCCCACCCACCACCCAGUCCCCUUCUCGACUUCAAGACCCACCUGCCUACCAGUCUCGCGUCGGACCCACGACUGUGGUCGCGCGAGGACGUGGCGGCCUUCCUGCGCUGGGCGGAGCGCGAGUUCGACCUGCCCCAGUUCGACAUGGACAUGUUCCAGAUGAACGGCAAGGCCCUGUGUCUGCUGACCAAGUCGGAUCUCGGUGAGCGGUGCCCAGGUGCCGGGGACGUCCUACACAACGUCCUCAACAUGCUGGCGCGCGACUUUAGCCAGCUGCAGCGCUGCCUGCCCGGCUCUCCCGUCACCCCGACCCGGCCCUCGGCCGCCGUCUACCCGUUGAGCCCCCUCUCGCACCCGGGCACCCCGAGUUGGCCCGACACGCCCUACGCGGCCAACUUUGCCUCCCUCAUGUCCGCGAACUCGGUCACCCUGUCGCCGGCGCCCUCGGUCGACAGCCAAGCCGGCUCCCCGGGCCACGCGAGCGGCGCCGACGCCAGCGGACCCCUCGGCCAAGCCACCAUAUACAAGAGCGACAGCGACGAGGACAACCAACAGCCAUCAGCCUGCACCAGCAACAACUCGGCCAGCCCGCCCGCCACCCCCACGGCCAUUGCCGCCCAACGGCUCAGCGAGGUCUGCAUGAAGGACCACCCGAGUCCCACCCUGCCACCCCACGCCCAACAACAGAUGAUGCAACAGCCCCUCACCCCCGGUGCCUUCAGGCCGGCCUCGGCCUCCUCCUCGUCCUCGUCGUCCCAGCAGCAGUCGCCCGGCGCCGCGGCUCGUGAAUUCUUCCCCAGUGGGGACGCACCCGAACCCAACACCAACGGGAGAUUGCUCUGGGACUUUUUGCAGCAGUUGCUCAACGAUCCGACGCAACGGUACACGCAGUACAUUGCGUGGAAGAGCAGGGAAACCGGGGUGUUUAAAAUCGUCGACCCCCCGGGUCUGGCGCGACUCUGGGGCAUACAGAAGAACCACUUGUCGAUGAACUACGACAAGAUGAGCCGAGCCCUGCGCUACUACUAUCGCGUCAACAUACUCAGAAAGGUCCAGGGAGAGCGUCACUGUUACCAAUUUUUGCGCAAUCCUACGGAACUGAAAAACAUCAAGAACAUCUCGCUGUUGCGCCAGCAGAUGCGGAUAAAAACGGAGCCCGAGGAGGAGGGUUCGUUGUCGGGCGGUAGUUGCAUGGAGCCCGAGAUCGAUAUGCCCACCGAUCUGUCGAUGUCGGGCAUGAACCCACCGUCGAGUAGCAAUCACCAUCAUCACCACCACCACCACCAUCACCAUCACCCGUCGCCACCGCCGCAUCCGCAGCCCCUGCCGUUGCUCGAUCCGCCAGCCAAGUAUCGGAGCCACGCUUACAGUCUCGUCAAGACAAAUCAAGAAUCGUCGUCCCAAGAGGAUAGGAAGUGACGCGAUGACGAUUGAAAAAGCGCCGCUAACCGAUUAGACGCUCCUCGUCGUGAUGGAUCGAUCAUGUAGAUUAUUGCCAAUGUACACGUUGUACGGUCAUUUAAUUCUCAUCCUGAUGCAGGAAAGAGGAUACGUCGACGUCCGCGUGCGGAGAGACACGGGCUGCUCUCCGCGAACGUCUGUUUCGAUGUGUAUUGUCAUUAUUAUUAUCAUCAUCAUCGAUAUUCUUUUUUAUUUUAUUUUAUUUUGUUAUUUUUUUUUUUUU